AUGCCGAGUUCCUUCACCCGCGCCCAGGCCCCUCCUGCCACUCUGGACACAGUUGGCCUGGUGGACCAGAGGCUGGGAAAUGCAGGGACCUCCGGUUCUGCCCCCAUCUUGGAAGAUGGGGAUAUGGACCCCUGGGUCCUCCCUCAGCUGAAGGACACUGGCCAGUCCUGGAAAGAGCUCAGCGUGGCCAGCAGGGCGCUCCAGGGGUUUGCUGGCUUCCUCAAGGCCUGUGGGCUCCUGGGCAGCCUCUACCUCUUCAUCUGCUCCCUGGACAUCCUCAGCUCUGCCUUCCAGCUGCUGGGCAGCAAAGUAGCUGGAGACAUCUUCAAGGACAACGCGGUGCUGUCCAACCCUGUGGCUGGAUUGGUCAUCGGCGUGCUGGUCACGGUCCUCAUGCAGAGCUCCAGCACGUCCUCCUCCAUCGUGGUCAGCAUGGUGGCCUCCAAGCUGCUGACCGUCCGGGCAUCUGUGCCCGUCAUCAUGGGCGUCAACGUGGGCACAUCCAUCACCAGCACCCUGGUCUCGAUGGCGCAGUCGGGGGACCGGGACGAGUUUCGGAGGGCCUUUGGCGGCUCAGCGGUGCACGGUGUCUUCAACUGGCUCACGGCGCUGAUCCUGCUGCCGCUGGAGAGUGCUGUGGCCCCCCUGGAGAGGCUCAGCGCACUGGCCCUGGGUGCUGCCAACCUGCAGCCCGGGGGGCACGCGCCUGACAUCCUCAAGGUGCUGACACGGCCGCUCACACGCCUCAUCGUGCAGCUGGACGCUGAUGUCAUUACGGGCAGCGGCACGGGCAACGCUACCAACAGUAGCCUCAUUAAGCGAUGGUGUGGCACCGAGGGGCAGACGGUGAGCAGCAACUGUGCAGCGGCCGCCGGGGGCCCCUGCCCUGAGAGGAACAGCUCUGCCGCCGAGGAGCAGCUGCCCUGCCGCCACCUGUUCGAGGGCACAGCGCUCGCGGACCUGGCCGUGGGCUGCAUCCUGCUGGCCGCCUCCCUGCUCGUGCUCUGCAUCUGCCUCGUCCUCAUCGUCAAGCUGCUCAACUCCGCUCUGCGGGGCCGCGUCGCCCAGGCCGUGAGGACCGUCAUCAACGCCGACUUCCCCUUCCCAUUCGGCUGGCUCAGCGGCUACCUGGCCAUCCUCGUGGGGGCCGGCCUGACCUUCGCGCUCCAGAGCAGCAGCGUCUUCACCGCAGCCAUUGUGCCACUCAUGGGGGUCCGGGUGAUCAGCCUGGAGCGGGCGUACCCCCUCUUCCUGGGCUCCAACAUUGGCACCACCACCACGGCCCUGCUGGCUGCCCUGGCCAGCCCUUCGGAUAUGCUGAUCAGCGCUGUCCAGGUCGCCCUCAUCCACUUCUUCUUCAACCUGGCUGGCAUCCUGUUGUGGUACGUGGUGCCCGUCCUCCGGCUGCCCAUCCCACUGGCCAAGCGCUUUGGGGACCUGACUGCCCGCUACCGCUGGGUGGCUGUCGCCUACCUGCUGCUCAGCUUCUUGCUGCUGCCACUGGCCGCCUUCGGGCUCUCCCUGGCGGGGAGCACAGUGCUGGCUGCAGUUGGGGGGCCCCUGGUCGUGCUGGUGCUCCUCAUCAUCCUGGUCGCCAUCCUGCAGCGGCACCGGUCAGCCUGGCUGCCCCGCCGCCUGCGCUCCUGGGCCUGGCUGCCCCUGUGGCUCCGUUCUCUGGAGCCCUGGGACCGCCUGGUGAGCCACUGCUGGCCCUGCAAGGCCGGCAGCCCCCCUCAGGCUGCGGCCAAGGAGGCCCACUGCUAUGAGAACCCCGAGGUCCUGGCCUCCCAGCAGUUGUGA